GGGUUUGUUUUGAUUGAUUGUUGUGCUGAACCGGAGAAAACAGAGGGACAGUGAGAAACAGAGAGAAUUGUCAAUUUGGAAACCGAAAUCCCCGUCCUGAGGCGCAAUUUCCCGCAGCAAGGUCAUGGCCAACAGCAAGGAGUUGUGUUCUAUCCGGGAAUGGGCACCGCUGACGGAUGUCAUUGAUCACAUUCCUGCUCGGCUCCAGCGCGGUCUCUUUCCGGCCAAUCUCAACCUGACCUGUGUGGACGCCACCGAUGAGUUUCUGGCCGUGGGCAGCGACGCAGGAAUAGUGUUUUGGUACAACCGCCAAUCGGGUGAGAUGCAGAAGCUCAAGGCGGAGGUUCCCACUCGCAUUACGUGCCUGCGGAUUGUGAAUUCAGUGGAGUAUAUGGUGGCAGCUGGAUGCGCCAAUGGGCAGGUGAGCAUCUUCCAGAUCCAAAAGGAGUUGCCGCGAGACCUGGACUUGGUGGCUCCUUGCACCCGCAGCCGGCCCAUUGAGCGCUACACCAUUCGGGAUUUGCACAAGUGCGUCGUCAGCUGCUGCGAGUGGUCCAAGAAUGGGAUGAAGCUCUACUCCGGCGAUCGCCAGGGGGUGGUGGUGCUCACAGAGCUUGACUACCAGGCGCAUCUUAGCAAAUCUGUGGAGAUCCUGAGCGAGGCCUACGAGAUCGUGCAGCUCAGUGUGCAUCAGAGCCACUUGCUGGUGGCUACCCUCUACCGUUGCAUUGUUUGCCAGCAUGACGUGCGCACCUCUCAGUGGAACAUCGUCCAGGUGGGUAAGAAGGAUCGGAAGCAGCUUAUCGAUUGCGGCGCCAUCUUUCUAAAGAAACAUGUGACCAACAAGCCACAACUCGUCUGCGGACGACCCGGGCUGCGUUUCUGGAUGGCCGACGCCGGCGGCAAUGUGUCCAAGACCUUGCUAUUCCGAGACGCCGUGCUGCGCAGCCCCACCUGGGAGAUACCCAUCCUGAACCCCAAGCAGCGCAGUGAGCCGUCCAGCAGUCGCUAUGCGGCUGUAGCCUCUGGAACCGAAGCGGGAUACGUGGCCAGCAGCAACUUUCGGCAGCUAUACUUGUACGAUGGCCACGACUCGCUGCUCGUAACACACGACGACGCCACCUUAUACAUACUCAACUUGGAUCGUCUGAAAGUGGAGGCCGUGGCAAGGGGAUUUCGGAAGAUCCUAGACUUCUGUGUGUGUGGCAAAGAGAUCUUUGUGCUGGAAGGCGAACGUACAUUGUUGCGUAUGGCUCCCCUGCCCGAACCACCCAACAAGACGGUCAAGGUGAUCUUCAAUCCGCUCAUGCCUCCACCAGUUCCUGUUCUGGGAUCUGCGCACUACUCGGAGGUGGAGUCGCCGGUGGAGUUGCAGGCGGAGCCCGUGCUUCAGAGCGCACAAGAAUGUUUCGAAUCGCCUAUGGAGGAGCAGUUAAACCUGAAUGUGCCCAUUGAACUGGCAGUUGAAUCGCCGUUGGCUCAGCAGAACCGACGCUUAGAAAUAUUCCGUCGCAUCGGCCAAAUGGACUUCGAGGAGUCCAUCGUACAUUCCAGCCGAAAAACGUGCGAAGAAAAGCCCACGGCAAGCAAUGCCUCGGGAAUUGUUGAGAUUGGUCAUGAAACCCAAGAGCUGCGGUUACCGCUAACAAAUGCCGCCACUCUUAUGGAGGCCAGCUACUGUCAGAUGGAAAACAAUGGGGCGGCUUCUCCGCUUGACAUGAAGGCAGCUUUCCUUCAGCAUCUGCCCGAUGCACUUAGUCCCACCACUCUGCAGAAGACGGUAGCGGAGAAGGCCAAGACACUGGCUGCCGAGCUGGAUCUGCCGGAGGUACAUCUGGCACCUGUUACCCAGGAAGAGCUGCAAGCGGCCCAGGCGAACGCAUCCCGGCUUAGCGAGUCAUUGAUCAGGUGCUAUCCCACUCGUCUAGAGGAGGCCAGUGUCCAAACAACUGAUCGACAAAGUUCACUGAAGACGGAGGACGAUUAUCAAUCAGGGCAGCCGGUGGAUGGGAUUAGGGCUCUGGCUCCACCAAAGCCUAAAAUGGCUCCACUUAAGUUUGUCAAGAGCCAGCCGAAGCCGAGACUUACUCUGGAAGAGGAGAGGGAUGAAGAUGAGUACACCAGCUUCCUGCCCGACUUUCGGCGAGCUGGAGACCCACUGCGCAAGGAAACACCGGCUACCAGUGACUCAAACACCUCCAGCGAGUGGGAGUUCCUGGACAACUAGUUCAGUAUUAGAAAUAAGUGCAUACUCUCAUUUGCUCUCGUUUGAAUUUUGUGCACAUUUAUAUAUGUUUAGUUUUGUUUUGUUUGACAAAGUGUUGUGCUUAUCAGAUUGUGAUCACCGUGAUUUCCUUACUCUUUUUAGUGAAAUUUACACAAUUGUACAUAGUUUUAGACAUAGAAGAUCGGUAUUUCUUAAUCCCUCUCGAAUCUUUAUUUAAAUUUUAAAAGCAACCAAACCAUUCCAUUUUGAUCCAAAAAUUGUAGCUUAGAUAGCACCUUAGAAUCUGUGUAAAAUUAUACCAUUUAUGAAAUAUCAUUGUACCCUAAGUUGUUUAAGAUAUUCGAAUGCUUUAAGUAGUUGCUACUUAAGUUCAAGGUCGCUUUACAUACACAAAUACAUUUAUUUUAUACAAUCGCAAA